UGGCUCCACCCACAAGGUUAAGGUAUAAUGUAUUAUCUCACGACAGUAUACAGAUUUCAUGGAAGGCUCCAAGAGGGAAAUUUGGUGGAUAUAAACUUCUUGUAACUCCAGCUUCAGGCGGAAAAACCAAUCAAUUGAAUCUCCAGAACACUGCGACUAAAGCAAUUAUUCAAGGUCUUAUGCCAGAGCAGAAUUACACAGUUCAAAUUAUUGCAUACAACAAAGACAAAGAAAGCAAGCCUGCUCAAGGCCAGUUCAGAAUUAAAGAUUUAGAAAAAAGAAAGGACCCAACAAAGCCCAGAGUCAAGGUUGUGGACAAAGGAAAUGGCAGUAAACCAUCUCCACCAGAAGAAGUAAAAUUCUUCUGUCAAACUCCAGCUAUUGCUGACAUUGUCAUCCUGGUUGAUGGUUCAUGGAGUAUUGGAAGAUUCAACUUCAGGCUGGUUCGGCUUUUCUUAGAAAACCUGGUGACAGCAUUCAAUGUGGGCUCAGAGAAGACACGAGUUGGUCUUGCACAGUAUAGUGGUGACCCCAGAAUAGAAUGGCACUUGAACGCUUUUAGUACAAAAGAUGAAGUGAUUGAAGCUGUCCGAAACCUUCCAUACAAGGGAGGAAAUACUCUAACAGGUCUUGCUUUGAACUACAUUUUUGAAAAUAGCUUUAAACCAGAAGCAGGUUCAAGGACUGGAGUCUCCAAAAUUGGCAUUUUAAUCACAGAUGGAAAAUCCCAAGAUGAUAUUAUUCCACCAUCCAGAAAUCUUCGUGAGUCUGGUGUAGAACUGUUUGCAAUAGGAGUGAAAAACGCAGACUUGAACGAGCUGCAGGAGAUUGCCUCUGAGCCUGACAGCACUCACGUGUACAACGUUGCUGAGUUCGAUCUGAUGCACACGGUCGUGGAGAGCCUAACAAGGACUGUGUGCUCCAGGGUAGAAGAACAGGACAAGGAGAUCAAAGCCUCAGCCCUUGCCACCAUUGGGCCACCUACAGAGUUGAUUACUUCUGAAGUCACUGCAAGAAGCUUUAUGGUUAACUGGACUCAUGCCCCAGGAAGAGCGGAAAAAUACAGAGUUGUGUAUUAUCCUACCCGAGGUGGAAAACCAGAGGAGGUGGUGGUAGAUGGAAGCAUAUCUUCCAUCGUGUUGAAAAACUUGAUGUCUUUAACUGAAUACCAAAUAGCAGUCUUUGCAAUAUAUGCCCACACUGCUAGUGAAGGCCUGCGGGGAACUGAAACCACACUUGCUUUGCCUAUGGCUUCUGAACUUGAACUAUAUGAUGUGACUGAGAAUAGUCUGCGUGUCAAAUGGGAUGCAGUGCCUGGGGCCACAGGAUACCUGAUCCUCUAUGCUCCUCUCACAGAGGGUCUGGCUGGAGAUGAAAAAGAGAUGAAAAUUGGAGAGACACAUACUAACAUUGAGUUGACUGGAUUGUUCCCCAAUACUGAAUACACAGUCACCGUGUAUGCCAUGUUUGGAGAAGAGGCCAGUGAUCCUGUGACAGGACAAGAAACAACAUUACCUUUAACUCCACCAAGAAAUCUGAGAAUCUCCAAUGUUGGCUCUAACAGUGCUCGAUUAACCUGGGACCCAACAUCAAGAAAGAUCAGUGGUUACCGAAUUGUUUAUACCAGUGCAGAUGGCACUGAAAUCAAUGAGGUUGAAGUUGAUCCCAUUACUACGUUCCCUCUGAAAGGCUUGACGCCCCUAACGGAAUAUUCUAUUGCAAUUUUCUCCCUCUAUGACGAGGGCCAGUCUUUGCCUCUGGUUGGAGUUCUUACCACGGAGGAAGUUCCGGCUCAGCAGUACUUGGAAAUUGAUGAGAUGAAGACAGACAGUUUUAGAGUGACCUGGCAUCCUCUCUCAGCUGAGGAAGGGCAGCACAAACUCAUGUGGAUUCCGGUCUAUGGCGGGAAGACCGAAGAGGUUGCCAUAAAAGAAGAGCAGGACUCUUAUGUUAUUGAAGGCCUGGAGCCUGGCACUGAAUAUGAAGUUUCCCUGUUGGCUGUACUUGAUGAUGGGAGUGAGAGUGAGGUGGUGACUGCUGUUGGGACCACACUUGACAGUUUUUGGACUGAACCAGCCACAACCAUAGUACCUACUCAACCUGUAACUUCAGUUUUCCAGACAGGAAUCAGAAACCUGGUUGUAGAUGAUGAAACCACUUCUAGCCUGCGGGUAUCAUGGGACAUUUCUGGUGGCAAUGUGGAGCAGUUUAGGGUGACCUACCUGACAGCUCAAGGGGACCCUGCAGAAGAAGUGGUAGGAACGGUGAUGAUACCUGGGAGCCAGAACACUCUACUGCUGAAGCCUCUGCUUCCAGAUACGGAAUACAAAGUCACAGUGACUCCCCUCUACACAGACAGAGAAGGUGUCAGCGUCUCUGCCCCUGGAAAAACCUUGCCAUCCUCUGGUCCCCAAAACUUAAGGGUCUCAGAAGAAUGGUAUAAUCGGUUACGCAUUACAUGGGAUCCUCCAGCUGGCCUUGUCAAGGGCUAUAGGAUUGUCUACAAACCUGUCAGUGUUCCUGGCCCAACACUGGAAACUUUCGUGGGUGCUGAUAUUAACACCAUUCUUAUCACAAACCUCCUCAGCGGAAUGGAUUACAAUGUGAAGAUAUUUGCCUCCCAGGCUGCAGGCUUCAGUGAUGCUCUGACAGGCCUGGUGAAAACAUUAUUCUUGGGUGUGACCGAUCUCCAAGCCAACCAGAUUGAAAUGACCACCUUGUGUGUUCAAUGGCAGGUACAUCGUCAUGCCACAGCCUACAGGAUAGUUAUUGAAUCCCUCCAGGAUACACAAACACAAGAAUCCACUGUGGGAGGAGGCACAAACAGGCAUUGCUUCUAUGGACUUCAACCUGAUUCAGAAUAUAAAAUCAGUGUUUACACAAAGCUCCAGGAGACUGAGGGACCCAGUGUGAGCAUAAUGGAAAAAACACUGUCACUUCCUACUCAACCACCAACUUUUCCUCCAACCAUUCCACCAGCAAAAGAAGUAUGUAAAGCUGCCAAGGCAGACCUGGUGUUUAUGGUAGAUGGAUCCUGGAGCAUUGGAGAUGACAAUUUUAAUAAGAUCAUCAACUUUCUGUACAGUACUGUUGGAGCCCUGGACAAGAUUGGUGCAGAUGGAACGCAGGUGGCUAUGGUUCAGUUCACUGAUGACCCCAGAACAGAAUUCAAACUAAAUGCUUACAAAACCAAAGAGACUGUUCUCGAUGCAAUUAGACACAUUUCAUACAAAGGAGGAAAUACAAAAACAGGAAAAGCAAUUAAGUAUGUCCGAGAUACCUUGUUUACUGCAGAGUCAGGUACGAGAAGAGGCGUCCCGAAGGUUAUUGUGGUUAUCACUGAUGGAAGAUCACAAGACGAUGUGACCAAAAUCUCCAGGGAAAUGCAAUCAGAUGGCUACAACAUUUUUGCAAUUGGUGUGGCUGAUGCGGAUUACUCAGAAUUGGUUAGCAUUGGCAGCAAGCCCAGUGCACGCCAUGUCUUCUUCGUGGAUGACUUUGAUGCCUUUAAGAAAAUUGAAGAUGAAUUAAUUACUUUUGUCUGUGAAACUGCAUCAGCAACCUGCCCACUGGUGCACAAAGAUGGCAUUGACAUUGCAGGAUUUAAAAUGAUGGAAAUGUUUGGUUUGGUUGAAAAGGAUUUUUCAUCAGUGGAAGGGGUUUCUAUGGAGCCCGGUACCUUCAACUUGUACCCAUGUUACCAACUCCACAAAGACGCUCUGGUUUCUCAACCAACCAAGUAUUUGCAUCCAGAAGGAUUGCCUUCUGAUUACACAAUCAGUUUUCUAUUCCGGAUUCUUCCUGACACUCCACAGGAGCCAUUUGCUCUUUGGGAAAUUUUAAACAAAAAUUCUGAUCCACUAGUUGGGAUCAUUUUAGACAAUGGUGGGAAAACUCUAACAUAUUUCAACUAUGACCGCCAUGGGGAUUUUCAAACUGUUACUUUUGAAGGACCUGAAAUUAGGAAAAUUUUCCAUGGAAGUUUUCACAAGCUACAUGUUGUUGUCAACAAGACUUUGGCCAAAGUGGUUGUUGACUGCAAGCAAGUGGGCGAGAAGGCAAUAAAUGCAUCAGCUAAUAUCACUUCGGAUGGUGUAGAAGUACUAGGGAGAAUGGUUAGAUCAAGAGGACCAAAUGGAAAUUCUGCACCAUUCCAGUUACAGAUGUUUGAUAUUGUAUGUUCUACAUCAUGGGCCAACAAAGACAAAUGCUGUGAACUUCCAGGCCUGAGGGACGAUGAGUCCUGCCCAGAUCUUCCACAUUCUUGUGCCUGUUCUGCAACCAAUGAAGUAGCUUUGGGACCAGCUGGCCCACCAGGUGGUCCAGGACUCCGAGGACCAAAAGGCCAACAAGGUGAACAGGGUCCAAAGGGACCAGAGGGCCCUAGAGGUGAAAUAGGCCCUGCAGGACCUCAGGGUCCCCCUGGACCCCAAGGACCAAGUGGUCUGUCUAUUCAAGGAAUGCCUGGAAUGCCAGGUGAAAAAGGAGAGAAAGGAGAUACUGGUCUUCCUGGUCCACAGGGUAUCCCAGGAGGCGUGGGUUCCCCAGGGCGUGAUGGCUCACCAGGCCAGAGGGGAUUUCCUGGAAAGGAUGGUUCCUCUGGCCCUCCAGGACCACCAGGGCCAAUUGGUAUUCCUGGAGCCCCUGGUGUCCCAGGAAUCACGGGCAGCAUGGGACCACAAGGCGCCCUGGGGCCUCCUGGUGUCCCUGGAGCAAAGGGAGAGCGAGGUGAACGAGGUGAUCUGCAGUCUCAAGCCAUGGUGAGGGCAGUAGCACGUCAAGUAUGUGAGCAGCUCAUCCAGAGUCACAUGGCCAGGUACACGGACAUCCUCAACCAGAUCCCCAGUCACUCCUCAUCCAUCCGGACCAUCCAAGGGCCUCCUGGGGAGCCAGGGAGACCAGGCUCACCUGGAACUCCUGGUGAACAAGGACCUCCAGGUGCACCAGGCUUCCCAGGAAAUGCAGGUGUGCCGGGGACCCCAGGAGAACGAGGUCUAACUGGUGUCAAGGGGGAGAAAGGAAAUCCAGGUGUUGGAACUCAAGGUCCAAGAGGUCCCCCUGGACCAGCAGGACCUUCUGGGGAAAGUCGGCCUGGCAACCCUGGACCCCCUGGCUCUCCUGGACCAAGGGGCCCCCCAGGUCAUCUGGGGGUACCUGGACCACAAGGUCCUUCUGGCCAGCCUGGAUACUGUGACCCGUCCUCGUGUUCUGCCUAUGGUGUGGGAGCUCCCCAUCCAGAUCAGCCGGAAUUCACCCCUGUGCAAGAUGAGCAGGAAGCUAUGGAACUGUGGGGAUCCGGGAUCUGACAGCUUCAGGAGACACUUGAAGACCAACAGCAAGACCUCUCAAGGAACUACACUUAAGAAAAUGUCGUUAUGUGGUUUGUAUACUACUCUGCAGGGGCUUGUUACAGCAGCCUGAGUCUCCUCCUUGGAUAAUGCUGAUGUUGCUGUUAUUAUUAACAAAACAUUAAAUUUUAAAAAAUCCCCUUAAUCUAUUGACAUUAUCAAAAUAAUUUCUCUUCUCUGAUAUUAAUGACAUGCCAGAUAAUUUGUUUCAUCCAAAGAAGAUUGCUCAAAGAGAAUGGGGAAACAUAAGUUGAAUCUUUCCUAUGCUAGAUGAUCUCAAGCUCUAAAAUGAACAAGAUAGAUAUGAUUGUGUUAGAAGGAAAUGGGGCCCCAGCAGCUGAAGAAUGAAUCCAAAGAGAUUCACAGAUACCAUUUCCCCCAGCCUAUGGGAAUGACCUUGCCGAUGGUGCAAAGGAUGAUCAUUGGUGAAACUACCUCUUGCUUCAUGAUCUGUCACUCUGAGAUCACUUAGUAACUGGUUUCUCCGGUAUCCAAAAAUAAGUGUUAGAAUAUAACCUUUUUGGACUUGAUAAUUUAAAAAAACAGAUUUAGUUUUUUGGUGUUUUUAAACUCAUGUUAAGUAAUGACUUCCCACUGGUUCUGAUGAAAGAUACAUUUUUGAUAAUUUGUCCAGAAGUAUGUUCCAGGCUUGCCUCUCCUUAUCUACAGGGAUUCUUUUGAACAUGGAGAUAAGUUUUUGCAGAUCUGUUUGUUUUCUCUUUUAUAAGCAAAUAAAAUUUU